UCCGUGGGCGUUCACGGCAGGAGGCGGCCGCCUUCCACGUGAACCGAUUUCGUUCCGCGACCAGCCGCCCGCACAGCGGAGCUGAUCCGCGUCGCGGCGUCAAAGGCCCGGUGCCUAGGGCCUUCCAGAAAGCGGGCCCCAGUGCAGUCGCAGCGCCUGCACACUGCAGCUACGCCGCUAGACGGUGCGUGUUUAACCGAUCCAGCAGGGAUGCUGCAUGCCGAGUGAACGCGGACUGCGAUUUGAACAGGUUGCCGAGCUCCGACAGCGGCCGCCUGACGGGCAGGGCACGUAGGCGCGGUGCACGCGAGCCGAGAGGAUGCGUCGGUUGGAUCGUCUUGUGGAGGAGGAGGAGGCGGAGGAGGCCGGGGCGGUAGUGCCGGCCCCGCUGGAGGAGGAGCAUCUGGGCUUCCAGCCGCUGGUCGUCAUUGAGCUGUCCCGGCAUCUCCAGCUGGUGACGCGUGACUGGCUGCUCUCGCGCUUACGGGACAACGACCUGGACGGCGGUGCCUACCUGGAGGCUCAGCCACUGCGGGUGGGCGGUGGAGCGGACAGCGAGAGCCGCACCCUCUUGGUGGGAGCCACGUGGAAGCGGUUGCUGAUUGGGGCGGAGGAGGCCGGCUUUGUGCGGCGCUGUCAGGAUGGCUCCAUGAGGGCCUUCACCUACCUCUCACGGCACACCUUCGAAGGAUACUCUGAUGAUAACGUUGCGUUCCUGACGAUGGCCGAGCAGCAGUACAUCGUCAAGCACGCGCUCAAUAACCUGCGCGCCAAGGAGGAGAUCAGCAUGCCGGGAUACUCCGACAUCAAGCUCUACCCGGGAAAGUCCGUGUUCCGCCGCUUGCAGUCCAAACGGCUGCUGGUGCAGAUCUACCCACUGCACGACACGGAGGAGCUGAAGAAGCUGUCGGCGCUGUGGUACCAGCAGGCGAGGCCAUCCUACCAGCCUUUGGAGGUGAUCCGACGCUACUUUGGGGAGGAGAUUGCGCUCUACUUUGGCUUCCUGGGCUUCUUCACUUGGGCGCUGGUGCCCAUGGGACUGGUAGGCCUGCCCUACUACCUGUUUGCCUGGGAGGACUUUGACAAGUACGUGGUGUUCGCGGGACUGAACCUGGCGUGGGCCACCGUGGUGCUGGAGAUGUGGAAGAGGCACAGCGCGGAGCUCGCCUUCUGCUGGGGCACGCUGCUCAUGAGACACGACUUUGAGGAGCCGCGUCCGGGGUUCCACGGGGAGCUGGGCACGAACCCGGUGACGGGCCGCAGGGAGCCCACGUACCCGAGCUGGCGCCGCUCGCUGCGCGUGUACGCCGUGUCGGUGCCCUUCGUGUGCGCCUGCCUCUACCUCUCCUACCUCGUCAUGGACGUCUACUUCUGGAUGGAGGCCUGGGUGCUGGCGUGGCGGCACAGCGGCGACGGCGACGCGGACGAGGGGGGGCCGCUGGCCGUGCUGGCGCUCUACGUGCCCAGCGUCAUCUACGCCGUUGUCAUCGAGGUCAUGAACCGCGCCUACCGGUACCUGGCGGAGCUGCUCACCGAGUGGGAAAAUCAUCGUCUGGAGUCCACGCAUCAGAACCACCUCAUCCUUAAAGUGUUGGUUUUCAACUUCACCAACUGCUUCGCGUCUCUCUUCUACAUCGCCUUCUACAUGCAAGACAUGAAGCUCCUAAGACAGAGCCUCGCAGCCCUACUCAUCACAUCGCAGAUCCUGAACCAGUUGGUGGAGUCCAUACUGCCCUACUGGCUGCGCAAGCGCCGGAACCAGCAGAUGGGAUGGUCGAGCUCGGAGAAGGCGCCGUCCGAUCACAAGGACUCCCCCCUGCGCCAGCAGAUCCGCAUCGAGGGGGAGAUGGACACGUACCUGGGCACGUUCGACGACUACCUGGAGCUUUUCCUGCAGUUUGGCUACGUGAGCCUCUUCUCGUGCGCGUACCCACUCGCCGCCGUGCUCGCCGUGCUGAACAACAUCACGGAGGUGCGCUCCGACGCGCUCAAGCUGUGCUGCGUGCUCAAGCGGCCCUUCUCCCUGCCCGCCGCCAACAUCGGGGUCUGGCAGCUGGCCUUCGAGGUGAUGGGGCUGAUGGCGGUGAUGACGAACUGCGCGCUCAUCGCCAUGUCCGAGCAGGUGCGAACAUUUUUCGACCAGGACGGCAGCGUCACGCUCAACUACGUACUCGUCAUCGUCGCCGCCGAGCACGCGCUCCUCGCAUUGAAGUUCAUGCUCACCUUCGUCAUUCCCGACAAGCCGCGCUGGGUGCGGCAGAAGCUGGCACGCAUCGAUUACGAAUCCCUGCAAGCGCUCAAGAAACAGAAAAUUCAGGUGUUCAAGUCCUUGUCUUCAGAACAGAGCACCGGCGACUUCCUAAACAGCGCGCUGGGUGAAUAAAUCACAGAGCAAAGCGAGCAGCAAAGGCCAAACCUCCCGAACGAUCAGACGCGGGGCGCCCUACGCUGAUCUAAGACAACGGAAAAGAAAAGGUUACUUCCCACAUAACCCCAAAGCUGCUUCAUUUCUCAUUGGAUAUCUUCUGGGUCGCCAUAGGCUGGAGUAUGAAUGUGACUGCUAGUGUCUGGUCAUAGUGGGAUGUGGUGUGGUAGAAGUCAUAGCAGGACGUGGUGUGGUAGAAGUCAUAGCGGGAUGUGGUGUGGUAGCAGUCAUAGCGGGAUGUGGUGUGGUAGCAAUCAUAGCGGGAUGUGGUGUGGUAGAAGUCAUAGCAGGAUGUUGUGUGGUAGAAGUCAUAGCAGGAUGUGGUGUGGUAGAAGUCCUAGUGGGACAUUAUUUUACGGCGACCCAGACAGCCAGACAGCCAGCUGAUGUUAAGCUCUGCACUUAAACUUGUCCGUUGUAAGAUUAUUGACAUGAAACGGAAGUAACUUCUGCGAUUGUUUACACCGCACAUAUAAUUACACGCUAAAUAAGAUAUCGGAAAAAGCCUUCCUAAAUUCUAAUGGAGAUAAAAAAACGGUCAUGCUACGUUGCUGUAACUAAAUGUGCACAAAAUAUAUUUAGUAUUGAUAUUCAAAAAAGUAAUAUACUGUAAUUAAAAGUGGCUGAAACGUAACCUUUUGUUUAACUGUAAAAAUUCUAUAAAGAGGUUUGUGUAUUUGUCCCAGCGUUGUGAACGGUAACUGAGAUCUCCAGAAGAGGUGCGGUAAUAAGUCGUGGAUUUGCGGACUCCGACCAUUUGUUGCAGUGCUGUAACCUUGACACUUUAUUUGCCUUUAUUUUAUAAUUACCAAAGUGCGUAACGGUGCGCCAGGUUUAUUAUUCGGCUCGUGACGAGCAUUUACAUUGACAAUCCUUCAGUGAUGAAAGAGCGCGAGGAGGGAAGUCGUUUAUUUAAGAGCACGUGCUCCUUCUUUCACAUACACGCACACAGUUCUGUGUCCUCAGCCCCAGCCUUUGAUGAUAGCCCAAAGACCCAUCCCAACUUGGCAUUAGCACAUGACAGGACAAACGGUAAAACCCCCAUAGGGUAUCAACGGGAACUCUUAUGAGAUGUAACGGAGUGAAAACACUUCGUCUCUUCCACUGGAGAACUUUCUAAAAGGACAGACGAGAGAGCCAUUAAAUUGGAGAAAUCUUUGACGUCUUCAUUCCCUGCCUCUGUAAUUUUGUCUGCCGUCCGUAGGACGUUCCUGUUAUAGAGAAUAGAACGUUGCUUUUCAGUUCCCAUCAGAAUUCAACGGUUUGUUAAAAAAAAAACUCUUAUAAGAUGACAACCUCCCAUAAAGACCAAGGUGAAAGAGGUCACGGUGCUCUUAUUUACGAUAAUAAUACGCCUGAAGAGCGCUUCAAUGCUCUUGUUCAGAAUAGUUCCGCUUGGAAUGUGCGUCCAAUGGCAAAUAGAAAUGGUGCCGAGUUGUAGCGAAACAUUUCACAGGGACGGAUCAUGUGUUUGAUAUGUUGUGCUUCACGGUUUCAUCCGAAUGGUGAUAGCCGCAUCGCACUCUUGAGACGAUGGAUCCGUUUCAACUUGCACAAAGCAGUGCUUCCAUCACCCUGCGUCACAAAACUAUAAAUAGGCGUACGAUGUCUCCUUCAUAUAACCGUCUCUCCACAUUGAACAUGACGCGGCUCUCAUCAGCAGGGUCAGGCUUGCUUGGUUCAAAUCAAAUUUGAUGUCGAAACUGGUCCAGAGUUUGCUUGCCUUGAAAUAGUGCUGCUGACAUUGCGCACUCCGACACGGCCCUGCGGCUGAAGGUUUGUGCAGGGAACACUUUUAUUGUCGUGUGGAGCGACGGCAGAGUGGCGGAGAGGAGUUGUUUAUCCUCCAAAACAACACGAAUCACUACUUUGAGUUUUUGUGUUGUAAAACGAUCUGCGGUCUGAAUUGUUUCUGAAAUCUCAUAAACUCUCGUAGAGUGACCCAUCAUCCACACUGGGGUGCACUGUUUUCCCACCCACCCUCUGUUACCUUUGGCGCAUCUAUGACAGUAAAAGCAAUAUAUUUAGCCAGAUGCAGUGCGGAGCCAAAUUGUCCGAUGAUUACUUUAUUGUGCAGUCCGCUGGUGACCGACGGAGACAAUCAACUCGCCCCGCUUGAGAACCACCCCGGUGCAUUCCCAGGCAGCGGUUGGGCACCCGGGUUUGAACCCAGGCCCUCGGCCGUGACGGCUCCGCACUUCUGACCUCCGGGUCGCCCACGGCCCCCUUGCCCCUUGUUUAUCUUUUUUAAAGUCAAGCCAUUAUUUAUGGAAGUAGAAUUAUCUUCGUGCCAGUUGUUGAAAAUGCUACUCGGAUCAGGCUGGUAAAUGGAUGCGUGGAUUAGCUCGUUAAUUUUGUUUUGCGCGGGAGAUGUAGCUUGUAGUCUGGUCUUUUGCUGUUUGAGGUCUGAUAAUUGCACGUUGCUUUGUAAACAUUUAACAGGAAGCAAUUCGGGUUGGAGGCAAUGCGUUUUUUUACGUACCGUAUUGUAAAUGGUGUUUUUGUUAUAAUAUUCACUUUGCUGUAACUGAAAUAGCAAUACGAGUCUCUUGAAAGAUUGCAGUUGGAGGAUUUGCAGUUAGCAUUGCUCAUUGCAAGUAUUCAAAUAAUACAAUGCUCUUGGUUAAUACUCUUCAUGCUGUAUGUUUGUGAGCAGUUUGGUAUAUAAGUUGUACUCCAGCAGAAAGCUAACAUACUUCAAAGAGAACAAACACCUUGAUCAGAGUAAAAUAAAACUCCCAUCAGGUCACAAUUACUGCAUGUAACAAAAAUGAUACGUAACAAACAAAAUAAGUGGUCUACCUGUUAAAAAUAUUUUGGAGCAGUGCUCAUCUCCGUUGGCACACCUGAGCCAGUGUUGGGCAUUCCACAUUCCUAUGGCAGGAGGCCAGACACUGCCAAUGAGGCGACCACUGCUGUUUUACCUACCCCAGGGAGAUGAUGAGCCGAGUCCAGCCGAGGUCGGGAUUUAAAUGCACAACCUUCCGAUUGCGGUUUGCGUGCUCUUAACGGCAUUGCCACUCCGCCAGAUAUAAUAAAAACAAGUGCGGUGUGGUGAGACCUGGCCCUCGAGGAUUAUUGCACCGUGGACACCGAGGAGCAUUUUGAGAACAAGUGCCUAAAGUGAAGACCACUCGGGAUGCGGAGGGUAACGAGCAAUUUGGAACUGGAGUUCGUAGCAAGUAGAGAGGAACUGAAUUCCCAACUUGCCAAAGUCCAAGAGGCGAUGCACUGUCAAGGCGUUCAUGGGGAUCACGGGAACACGGCCCGGUCGGGAUUGGGUUCAGUCCAGCUCAUGUCAGGUCUGAUGACGCAAUUUUAAGUCUGAUAUGAACUGAUGCAUCGUUCUUGAACUCUGUUUUAUGGCAAGUCACGUAAAAUGAUCUUAAGCUGGUGGUCCAUGUGAUGUCAUGACAUCACGUGAUCAUGGUGUCAUAACAACGUCAGUAAAUGUGACUCCUAAUCUGUGCUUCUGGAGGGCUCUCAUUGUUAUCUUGUUUAUCUUGCGUUCCUCUCACUAGAUCGUCUCUCUUGUCCACAGCUCUCUCAUAUCCAUCGCUUUGUGGACUGUCGUCUGACCACUGUGUGUCUCUGUGAACCAUCUCUUGGUGGGCCCCUCCACGACAUCUCCGUGGGCCCCUACCUGGCCCAUGGGCCGCCAGUUGGCAGAACCUUGCUUCCGUCGUGUAAACACAGCUUCAUGACAAUUCAUGAUCAAAAUAAGUGAUGGGAUGGCACUAACAGAGGUAACAAUUGCAAAGGUCCAACCAAAGAGGAGGACAUGGAGCUCCAGUGGAGUCCGGCAUGUGCUAGAGAGUUGUGGGUCAUCUUGUAUGAACGGAGGGUUGUCAUUCCAGCAGCAGAAUAAGCAUCGCUCCUGGUGAUGUGUUGAGUGUGCGUGUAUAAUGGGUGAAUCCGUGGUGAGUGUUGAAUUGCCAAGUUGGUUUCAACUGGUAGGGUCAUUUUGAUUUUACAACUACAGCUGGGUUUUUAAAGCCACAACUCUCUAACCCACCACAGUGCAGGUUCCAGUUGUUUAAAAUCAUCAGGUGCAUUUGAGUGGAUUGAGAUUAGUAAUUAUGGAAAUGCAAACAAGUGGAAAGUGAUGGUGUUUUAGGAAUCCCGGGCCUUAAUAACUUAAGGUUAAGAGUUUCACAGGUUAGUUUGAAACUUAUAAAUUGUUAAACAUUCAAACAAGUGAUUACAUUGAGUCUCAUGGAAUACUUUCACCCAACAAAAGCUCGCGAAUCUCUUGUUCAUGGGUUGGGAGCCGGUUGCUCCAAGUGAAAACGGUACUUGGUAAUGUUUUGUUCACCCGGUGAAGGGUCGGCAGGUUUGCUUUGGUACGCUGAGCGUUGUUGUUGUUUUGCGUGGACACGUUCUGGCUGUUUCUCCAAUUCUGCGACGGUCGAGUCAAAGUGUCUCCCGGCUCAAACGAACAAUGGGGGCCGGUCUGUCUGUAGCAGGACUACAGAGACUCCUCUACUUACGAACGAGUUCGGUUCCAGAUGUCUGUUCGUAAGUCGAUUGUUCGUAAGUAAAGGAGUCCCUGUACAUUCCACACAGCCACGCGGGUCCUGCCACUUCGAAACGGCCAGCAAAUGAUUGACAUUGCUGCGUUGAUAUCAGCCGAACCAAUCGGGUGCUGGGCAGGGGGGAGUAAUAUUUUCUAUCUGGCAACACUGUUUUUAAUUGUAGUGCAAGCACAGUGACCUGUUGUCUUUCAAUUAGUUCUAAGGUCACAAGCCAAUGAUUACAGUCCUAGCUUGAUCGAUCAACUAUUAUUAUAAUCAACAACAGUGUGACCCGACCAAAGGUAUCUAAAGUCAUGUUCGCCCCUUCGGGAUCUCUGUGACGAGCACUGUCGUAACAAUCGAAUGUGGCCUGUCCCGGGCAGUGUUUGAGCAGCUCCGCAGUGUGCCACAGGCAGAUCCACGAACUUCAAUUCCACAUUUCGAACUAUGCAACGGCCGAGUAUGGGGCAUUACUUGCACCGACACGUAUACAGAGUACAUUCACUGGGUUCGUGGAUGGCACAUUGUUGCUUUGAAUGCCCUCUGUAUUUGCCGUGUAAUUCAGUGGGUCACGAGCCCUGUUCCACUGCUGCUUUGCUCCAGCUGUGAGAUCUGGCAGGAAGAAGUGAUGGUGUGGUGGCAGUGAUCGUUCAUCUUAAUAUUCGUCUUAAAUGCCUUCUUGAAGAGUGACUGAAUUGGGAGGUUUUUUUUCUCUUGAAGGAGGUGCCAGCUCAUUGCCAGUUCAGUGUUGGUGGAACAGGUCAAAUAACAUUGCAGGACAAAAACGAAAUUGUCACAAUUUUCUCCAGAUUUGGUUAAACACAUUUUGCUGAAUACUUUCUUUGUAUGAUCAUCCAACACCCUAUGGCCCUGUGCUUCUAACCUCAAUACCCAAUUCAAGUUCUAAAUGUUCUUAUUCUUUAACUGAUGGAUACCCUCUGAGUAGUUUUAAAUGCCACUCCAUCCGUUUUAGGGCCAUUUGUCAACCGUAUGCCGUAAUAUAUUCACUGAGCUGGUGACAUGUGUAGCAUUUGUUUGCACGCCCCCCCCUUUUAAAGCCUGGUUGUGUCUCACUUCAGCAUGCGCUGAAUGUGAAAGAAUGGCCAGUUUCUCAAGGUUCCUGUGAAUUAAGGGGCUGCAAGUUACUGCCAUGAACACACGCAAAGUUUAAAGUGGAACGGUUCAACACAGUGGUUUAAGCACUUGUCCGUCGUGUUCCACUUCGACAAUGUUGUCGACAGAGUUCAAUUCCUUACGAAAGUCGUUUGACACUUGCGUUGAGUGCUCUUGCUUUUUGCUGCAAUGCACUGUUUGGUGGCCUAUGGGGAAAGGUCGUUAACUGUAUUAUUAAUAAGCUGCCUUCACUUGCAUAAUGCAAUAUUUGAAAGUUUAUGGAUGCAAAAAAAAUAAAUGUCUCCAAAAAGUGAAA